CACCGUGGUGCAGUUUAGGCACUGUAGGCUGACCCGGCCUUGAGCAUUUGUGCAUAGCAGUCAGGUACACUUUGGAGUGUUCUGUUGCACAAUGUCCCAGCCUGGCCACGCAACCGACUGGUUUCCCUUUUCCUAACUUGUGAGAUGCCCAUCUCACCAGAUCCUCGCAGAGGACCAUGGAAUGUCUGGGAGAACUUCCUUGAGGACCAUGUGGCUGAAGCAUCCAGUCAGGCAGAGGAGGUGACUCCCGAAAUCAGAGAGCAGAUAGCCUCGGUGCAGGCGAAAGGCGCGAAGAUGGCUUUCCUGCUGCUGGAUGAAUCGGUGCAGCAACAAUACAUAGAGGUGUCCUACCAAGAGUUGGCAGCCUUCGCGAACUGGCGUAGAUCGCAGGUUGCACAGCAGGAGAGCGGGGCAGUGCCACCAGCCACUGAGUUCGAGGGGUGCUGGGAUUUGCUGAACCACGAUGACAAGAAAGAAUGGCUGCCUCAGGAUCCCAAAGCAUUUCUUGCUGCUGAUCUUCAAUGGGCAGCGUUGGUAACAAAUCCUCUGUGCCAGGAAGCGAAGAAACCUUUCAAAGGCGAAAAGGACCAAUCUAAGAAGGUGCCAGUGAAAGCCGAAGCGAAGAAGACUUCAGUUCCCGAGGCCAAGGUGAAGGAAGAACCAGGAAGAAGCGCUGAUCCAAAGCAGGGAGCUUCCGACAGAGAGAAGGCGGUGGUAGUUAAGAAGGAGAUCAAACAGACUGCGACGGCCCAGCCUCCACAAAAAGAGCAGCAACAGGAAGUGCCGAAGGAGAAGGCGAAACCUGUGAAGAAGCAGGAGGCGCCAAAGGAAAAGGCAGUGGUGGUAAAGCAGGAACCAAAGCAGGUUGCACCUGCCAAGCCUCCUCACAGGGCACAGCCACAGGAAGCACCGAAGGAGAAGGAGAAGGCAAAACCUGUUUCAAAGCAGGAAGCACCGAAAGAGAAGGCAGUGGUGGUGAAGCAGGAGCGUCCGCAAACUGCAUCUGCUCAGCCUCCUCAAAAAGCCCAGCAAGAAACACCGAAAGACAAGGCUAAGCCUCUUCAAACUCCAGAUGUGGCAAAAGAGAAGGCAGUUGAGGUGAAGAAGGAACCCAUGCAGACCGGACAUGCAAAGCCGCAGAAUCAGAAGGUGGAGAAAGCCUCAUCCAAAGAGAAGGCUGCAAAGGCCGCUGACUCCACGGUGAUGGUGGCAGCACAGCCUCGCGCCGACAAGGAGUUGCCAUCCAAAGAGAAAGCAGUCAGAGCGAAGAAAACAAAAGAAGCUGCAGAGCCAGCGAAAAGGCAAGCGAAGGCUAAGGCGAAGAGCGGAACUGUUUCUUUGGAGCAGAGGCUACGGAAAAAGAAAAAGGCUGCUUCAGAUGACGAGGUGGAAGAUGACAAGCUCAUGGCAUUGGUGCCAAGAAGUGAUGACGAGGACGCGGACGACGCGGAUGCUCCUCCAGAGAUAUCCAAGCCCAGAAGCCGUGGGAAGGAUGCUGCGCGUGCAGCUCCCCCUGGGCGAAUGCUGGUGAAUCGUCAGCACAGAGCCCCUCUGAAGGAGGUGGCGGAGAAUCUCUUCCCAGAAGCUCUGGAAGCCUCGUGCUGCAAGUGCCACGGAGGCUCUGUCUCAGCAGACAACGAUUUGGGGAUGUGCGAUCGUUGUGACAAAGCGUUUCAUCAGAAGUGCCAUGGCCCGCCGGUCACCUACUUUGGGAACCCGGAAGACCAAUGGUUUUGUUCGCAAUGUACAUUGGAUUUGGCGGAGAUGCGCAAGUUGCAGUUGCAGGUGGACGACUUUUGUUGGGUCCAAGCGACUGGGGAGACUGUGGCUUGGCCAGCUCGCGUUCUGCGAAUCGACUUCUCAAGUCUGGCGGAUCCCAAGCCCUACUGGGUGCAGUUCUUCGAUGCUGGACCGCCUGAAGGUGCCUGGGUUGGAGAAAUCCAUGUGAAGCCCUGGAGCGAUGGGCCCAGCUUCCGAAGCAUCGUCCAGGCGAGGCGGCGCAAUGCCGUCCGCCUGGCCGAGGCAGAUGGUGCUCCCCAGAUCAGCGCUGAAGAACGAGCUCCUGCCAGUCGACGGAAGAGACCUGCAGAGGAUCCGGAGAAUCCGAAUGCGCGCCGCCGACGAGCCGUGGCAGAGGACAGCCCUGAGAACCGCCCUCGCCGCAGCCGCCGUGGAGAAGCCAAUGUUUCGUUGCUGACCGAGCCCACCGCUUGCAAGCGCCGUGCCAGGGCAAGGUCGCCUGCUGAUUGUCUGGAAUCGCCCAAGCCCAAGCGACGGCAGGACGUGGAUCCAGUGUCAACGGAGAAGCAGCCACGGGACAAGCAGGCUCAAUCCAAGAUCGUUGAGACCUGCAAUCUGAUUUCUGAGCUGAAGGAGCAGCAGCGGCAGGUUGAUCAGGAACUUGCGCAGCAGGAGGCUGCUGUGUGAGAGCUGCGCUUGGAUGAGAUUGUUCCCAAGUGUCACGGCCGGGAUUUCCUGCACGUAGUGCAGUUCGUUGGCUUGAGGGAGAGGACAAAAACCUGUUCAAUGCCGUCCUCCGCCUGCGCAUGCAAAGGGGACAUGGACAGUGCGAGGCACUGCCAGCCGAAAGCCCUGGAUAUUCAUCACUCGC